AGCAGGCCUACAACUAUGGAUGAUUCAGACCAUGUAACAUUUACAGAAAGCGAGUUUUACCAGAGACAUUUUGACAGCAGGGAAUACUUCAAGGCCUACUACAGGGGUCCCAAUAGCGGUGAAGAAUUUUUUCCUUUUCUGCUACAGCAACUGAACGAGACAUUUUCAUCAGGAAACAUCAAGGGCAAGAAGCUAAUUGACAUAGGAUGUGGACCUACAAUCCAUGGCCUCAUAAGUGCAAGCAAAUGCUUUGAAGAAAUAGUGGUAUCAGACUUCACUGACAGCAAUCGCAGGGAGAUUGAGAAGUGGCUGAGAAACGAGGAAGGCUGUUUUGACUGGCGUCCCACCAUCGAGUUUGUCUGUGAGCUAGAAGGCGGAAGCAGGUCACCAGAAGAGGUUGAACAGAGGCUUAGGCAGAUAGUGAAGCAGGUGCGGAGAUGUGACGUUCGGCAGGAGAACCCUUUCCACCCUCUGACGAUGGAACCAGCAGACUGCAUACUGUCUAGUUUUUGUCUGGAGGCAGCCUGCAAGGACUUGGAGACAUACCGGCGUGCUCUCGGAAGUACAGUGGCACUCCUUAAACCUGGAGGUGUGCUGGUGCUCAUCAGUGCUCUCAAUGCAUCUUUCUACUUUGUGGGGCAGGAGAAAUUCUCUUGUUUGUUUCUUAGUGAGAGCUUCAUUAAAGAAACUUUAAGGAACCUGGGCUUCUCCGUCAAGCAGGCCAACAGCGUGCAUACAAAAGAAACCAACAAAGGGUUUUACGAUGCCGAGGCAGUUUUUUAUCUUGUUGCUCAGAAAACGAAAUAGGUUUGAGUUGCCUUAAGGAUUUUGUUUUCCUAUGCUAAGGCAUCUGUGAACUUACGGUAAAUGUUAGAGGAUAAAAUUAGACAAAACACACACUCACUAAAUUUCACUUGCUCCAGAAUGUGAGAUAUAUUACUAAAUCAUUUGGAAAAAGAGCCUGUAAUAACUGUGCAUGUCAUAUUACUUUCUGAAGUAAAAA